CCGCACGGUCAUUUCAUUGAAUGCUAAGAGGUUUCGUCUCGUCUCUUAUAACAUCUAUAUUGUUGAUUACUAUGUCCGUUAAGUAUAGACAACAGUCAUGAAUCAUAUGUCAAAUCUUAAAUCCCAAUUGACGAUAAUAUUUUGACGUAAAGUGUAAACGAAGAGAUAUCUAUUUUACUUGAAAACAAAGUAUUUAUAUAAAAGUUACUUACUUGCAAUCAAUAUUCAUGGCAUAUAAAAUAUAUUGGUAAUAGCAUUUUCGGCUAUUUCUAUUCUCUGGACAUACCGUUUUACAACGGUAAACUUUAUUUAUGAAUGUGGGAAUCUUCAAUAGAGUCAACAGCAAAAUCAAAGAGGGUGACGGGAUGUACAGCGAGUGGAAGUCACUGCCUCUGGAGGGUGGAGGACAGGGGGUACUGGGAGCAGUCGGUGGACGAGAAGUGGUGCUGGCUGUAGUGAGACAACUUGCCUCACAUCAACCGAGCCCUCUUACUACUGACGAGGAGGUGGAGUGGGUGUUGGAGGUGAUUCGUUUUGGUCUGUCUCUGCCGUUGUCAGAACACGAGGCUUUAAGGGACUGCGUUCGUGUCUGCUGCUCCUGGUUGUCAGCGUUACUCCCACCUGCGGCUCCCGCCCAACCGCCCCCGCCUGCCGUUCCGCCCGCCCUAGCAGCGCAGCCACACCGCUACGCCAACAAGAUACUCAACCACCUGCACAAUCUCUUCAUACCGCGCCCCAAUGAGAGCGGUAACCUCAUCAGUAAGCAGGCGGUGUUAUGUCACCGUGUCCUCCGCCUGGCCAGAUCCCUAGCGGACAGUGCGUCUCUCGGUCCCCGUGAGUGGCGUUCCCUCCUCCUACUGCUGCUGGCCGCCGCUGCGGCGCUGCUCGCCCCUCCAGCACCUCUGUACGGUGCCGCUGAACAACUGUGUGAACGAGUGCUGUGUGUGCUGUUCGAGGUCUGGAUACUUGCCUGCCACAGAUGCUUCCCGUCUCCCAGUCUGUGGCGCACCCUCCGCGAGCAGUGUGUUCGCUGGAGACACCGCGCGCCCCUCACAGAGCAGUGGGCUCGGGUGUCUCUGUGUCUGACGGCGAGGCUGCUGGUCCACAUGUAUGGCCCCAUGUACCCCGCCGUGCCCAUCAGCGAGGAGGACUCCCAGCUGGUGCCGGCGGACAUGAGCGCGGAGGCCGUCACCCAGGCCUGGUACCGCAUCCUCCACACCAUAGGGAACCCCGUGGACCUCACCAGGCCCGCACUCAUCAGCCACACUCCCGAGUUCCUGCAGUACUGGAUGACCGUGGAGGAGGGUCAGGAUCAGGGUCGUGAGGUCGAAGGUCGAGACUCGUGGGUGGGGUCGCUGGCUCACAUCUUCCACCGCGCUAUGAUGGGGGUCGCAGCACACGUGGACGCAUUUCUUGGGCGGAGCACGGAGCGCUGGGUGGUGGAGACGGUGGGGGGCGCGGGUGGCCUGGCGGGCGCCGGGGGGCCCGGCGGUGGAGGGGGCCCCGGCCUCCACGACGAGGGGGACCUCACGCCGCCCGCACACCGCCGCCUCGCCAAGAGUUUCAGCGCCAGCAGGCCCCGGGAGAAGGUCCCCGACAAAAGUACCCCGCGGUCUUCCCUGAUAGGCCUCACGAGCGGCCGACCGUCGAGCGUGGCUCCCACGACUCCACCCAAUUCUAUAACAUCACAAGUGUCGGAGUGUGAGAAGCCUCCGCCGUCCCCGCUCCGCCCGCAGGUGAACUCCAUCCUGCACCUGUUCGGGGACUGGCUGCUGGACGCCGCUCUCGUCGGCAGCAACUUGCAAACCCACGAGAGAGCGGAGGGCACGCCGCCGCCGCCGUCCCUGUCGGAGGCAGCUCAGAAGAUUACCAUGAUCAACUAUCAAGCAGGCCGUUGCGUGGCGCUGGGCGCGCUGUGCCGCGUGUUGUGUUCCAAGCAGGGCCGGGAGGCGGUGCUGGCGCCGUACCUCGCCCGCGCUUACAGCGCUUUACAGCGGGCGCUGAGAGACCCGCGAGCAGCCGCUGCCGUGGUGCUGCACGCCGCUGACAUCUUCCGCGUGGACCUGGACGGCGUGCUGGUGCUGGUGCCGGACUUCAUCAACGCCCUGGAGCGCGUGCUCACUGAGCGAGAGCCGCGCCUGGACUGCGGACACGUGGACCGCAGGGAGCUCAGGAAGGCCGCCAUCAGCAUCCUGCUGUCGCUGGUCGCCUUCCCCUACCACUACAGGGGGCUGCCCGUGCCCGAGUUCCCCGGAUACAAUGAAUACGCGGGUAUGUGUCUGGGUGAGUUCGCCCGCGGCCGCCUGUCGGUGGUGGCGGCCUGCGCGGUGCAGACGGAGCCCGAGGAGGCGCUCGCCGUGCCGCUGCUGUCCGCGCUCUACCUGUGUGUCAGACACAACGCUUGCGCCUCCGAUAAGAGAGCUCGCUCCGAGAGCGCCGGACCCAGCGUGUCGUCCGACGACUUCGCGGCCGACGUUAGGGAGCUAGACCCGUCCUCGCCCAGCUUCGGUUCGUCGCUGGUGGUCCGCGCCACGUACCUGGUGUGUCACCGCCUGAUCUCGUCGUGGAAGGGCGACCUGCAGGUGUCUCUGGCGGCCCUGGAACUGCUGUCCGGACUCGCCAAGCUGCACGCCUCAAAACCAGAUUUUUAUUUGGAGGCGAUGGAGCGCUCCCGCGCGGUCAGGUGGAUGUGUGACUACAUCGUGGCCCAGUGCGGCCGCCCGCCCCCGGGACACUCCCGGGACGUCCACUCGUGUGUGGUUGGGGCGUACGGGGCGCUGGCGGCCUGGCUGUGUGCGCCGCUGCUGGCGGACGGGGAGUGCCUGGCUGCCCUACUGGAGGUGGUGGAGCUCGGCAUCUCGGGCUGCAGGAGCCGCGGCGACCGACCCGCCAUGAAGGACGACAAGGAACUCAAGCCCGUCUCCAUGAGGGUGCGGGACGCCGCGGAGGCGCUGCUCAUGCUGAUACUCGAGCAGGUGGGCGAGAGUACGUCAGAGGGUCGUUGGUGUCGCUUGGACGAGCGCUGGCUGCAGGAGCUGGGGCACGCUCCUCUCCGCCACUUCUCCCUGGACGGACACAUCCUGCUGUCGCUGCUGGAGGAGCCUCUGGCCAACAGUCAGGAGCCGCAGCCCACCGUGGUCGUAAUAAUUCGUUCCUCUUGGGGUCGCUGGUCUUGGUCGCUGUGUUCCCGCGGCGCUCCUCGCUGCGCCACCCUGGGCGGAUCCUCGUGUCCCCGCCCGGUGGCCAUGCUGGAGCCCCCCGCCCGCCCGCCCGCCACCUGCCGCGCCCUGCCCGCCGCGCCGCCCUGUGCGCUCGAGUCGUCGUUUCCGUCCCUGGAGGCGGUGCUCCGUCGCCUGAAUGACCCGGGCGCCGCCACGCUGUUCAAGCUGCUGGAGCAGCAGACCAACAUCGAGAAGAAAGUCAGAGACGGCGAGGAUAAGGCGCUGCCAGAGGAGUACGUGCCCCCGGAGCCGGUCACCGAGUUCCAGACGGCUAGACUUUUCCUGGCACACUUCGGACUCCUCAACAUAGGAGGAGAGAAAAAGGGUGCUCCUCCCCGUCUCGUAUCUCUGAGCGGCGGCGAAGCCCUACAGGCGGCGUUGCGUCGCCUGGACGCCACAGGAGCCCGAGCGGCCCUCACCGCGCACGUGUUCUACGCCCGCCGCGGACAGACGAGGGCCGACCAGAUAGUGGCCAACGCCGCGCGCUCCCACGGAGUCUCGCCCGCCUUCGUCAGGAUGUUGCGAGGACUGGGCUCGCCGGUGUUCGUGGCGACGCACGCCGGCUGGAGCGGCCACGUCCGCACCAGCUACGACGCCGCCUCCCCCGCCGCCACGCACGCGCACACACGACACACCGAGCAGAGCUUCACGCCCAGCCUGUACGACGGCCGGGAACAGGUGCUGUACUGGGCGGACGCCACGGACGAGAUCGCAUUCGUGGUACCGUCCGGCCGAGCGGACGACGAGCACGUGGACGGCCCGUGUCUCUCCACCAAUCGCUCAGACAGUACCGAAAAAUCCGGUGGUUCGUGGUGGGAUGUGUCCGGGGGCGUGGUCGGGGGCGUGACCUACGAGCGUAGUGUGAGCGAGAGCGAGCGAGGCGAGAAACGUACUCUAGACAACGCCAGGGCACUGUCGCUCGAUUUGGACAAACCGCAGCCGGCACUUCCCGGCCAUGGAACGGGCAGCGGCAGGAGGAACAGGGACUUCGCACCGAAGAUCCUGAUCAUCUGGCUCGAAGACUUCGAGGAUCACCUCAACAUGCCCAUCGACGACCUGAUCUCGUACUGUGAGACGGGCGUCCCCUGUCGUCGCUCGGACACGGCCGUGCUGUGUGUGAGUGCCGUGAGAAGCGGCCUGGUGAGGGUGGGCGUGAGCGGGGGCGCGGGGGGUGCUGGCGGAGCCGCCGGGGUCCUCGCUGACGGCGCGCUCGUGGCGCCCCGCCUGCUGCCUGACUGCCUGCGGAGGGCUGCCUGCUUCCUGGCGCGACGGGCGAGGCUCAACACGGACCUGUACCAGCCGCCGCCGGUCCGCCGCCGCCAGCUCAUCCAGGAGAUCAGCCAGCAGUUCAAGCGGGACCUGUCGGAGCCCGAGCUGCUGGAGUCUCUGUUCAAGGCGCCCUAGCACUUCGUCACCCUUCGUAGUCCCCCUGUAUAGAUCUGCUGUAUUGUUAGUUUUAUAUUUAAGACUGAAUUAAUUUCCUUUAAACGAAUUGUUCUUCUUUAACAUUCCAGAUGUUAAUAUAUUUAUCACCUUCGUUGUGCUUAACGUUAUAUUAAAGAGCUUUAACUCGU